AUGCAAACCCAAAGAAGCAUCACAUUGCUCCAAGCAGAAGCCGACAAUGACGACGAAAGAAAUUGGAACGAUGGGUUAGUGACCAAACACCCAGAAACAGGCGAGCCAUACUUCGCGCGCGCCACUCGAACCUCGUUUCCUGGUGUUGAGAACACAUGGCAUAAUACCUUUGUUGAUUAUAUGGAUCUCGGAGAGAGCAGGAGACUUCGAACAGGCGUUUACGAAGCCAAAUGUCCCCAAUUUGAGGAACUCGUCGUCGUCAAGUUUGCUCGCUUUGAUUGGGAAAUUGGAUACAUGGAGGGCGAGACUGCUGCCUACCAGUUGAUUGAGGGUUGUGACAUUGGUCCCAGGUUCCUGGCACAUCUUACUGAAGAUGGUCGGGUUAUUGGUUUCUUGAUGGAGCGUAUUGCCAAUGCACGGCAUGCUGGGCCUCAGGAUCUUAAUAUUUGCCAGCAGACUCUCACUCGGUUACAUGCUUUGGGGAUUAAGCAUGGUGAUAUCAAUCGUUUCAACUUCUUAAUUCGUGACUCGAAAGCUAUUUUGAUUGAUUUUGAUACGGCCCGCAAGCGCGAUGAUUCUAAGUUGCUUGCUGAAGAGCUCCACAACUUGAAAGAAGCGCUGGAAUCUUCAUCGGGCAAGGGUGGUGACUGUCUAUUCGCCAACCAGGGAAUCUCGGGAAGGACUUUCCAGAAAGCAGACAUUGAUAUUAAAGCUAAGGUGAUUGUGAUUGAUAACCGCAAUGAGUGGAUUGAGACCGCUGCUUUGGUGGCUGGGCAUAUGAAGGCUGCUAAGACUGUUGUUGGCUUGUGUGACGCUGAGGAGCGCAUCUUGAUCGGGUCCUUGCAGCAGUUCCUUCAAAAGGGUGGGACUUUGGUUGAUAUUGGUUUGCCUGCGCCCAGCUUCUUGAGGUCAACCUGUUUGCGCUGA